AGUGUGUGUGUGUGUUUUCCUGAGCUGUUUCGUCCUCCCUUCACCUCUCUCUGUGUAUAACUGUGUAUACACUAUACACAUGCAGGAAAGCAUUUCCCUAUAUAUCAUGCACACAGUAACGCACGCACUCAGUGUGUUGAUCUCUACUCACGCCUCUGCGCAUUUCUCUGAAUUUUUUUGAAUUGCGGUGCCUCCUUUUUCACAUUUUGUAAAAUUGGAGUAAUUUUGGGAGGGGGAAUGCUGGUGCUGGAGGCAUUGAUCGAGUUCCUACUCCCGUCAUGGCCGGAGGUGCAAGUCUCUGUUGCUGCGGCGGCGCUGGUGCUGGCGGCCUUCUGGUUCUUAACCGUCACCGCUGCUCCGGAUGAGCGGACUCUCGUCACGAAUGUGAAUGACGACAGAGAAGAGGUGGAUCAGUAUAAAAGAGAUCUUCAGAGAAGUCUAGUGUAUUUAGUUAAGGUGGAACUCUUAGCAGCUAAGAAUCUUAUUGGGGUGAACCUGAAUGGCACAUCAGAUCCUUAUGCAAUUAUCUCUUGUGGUGCAGAAAAGCGCUUAAGUUCUAUGGUAUCUGGCUCAAGAAAUCCUGUAUGGAGGGAGGGGUUCAAUUUUGUAGUUGAUGAGCUUCCUGUCGAGAUUAAAGUGACAGUUUAUGGUUGGGAUGUAAUUCGAAGAAGUACAGUUCUUGGUUCUGUGAAUAUUUCUGUAGAACAAGAAGGUCAAACUGGUGCAAUGUGGUAUACAUUGGAUACUGCAUCAGGGCAGGUAUGUCUUCACGUUAAAACUGUCCAACUUCAGAUGGACCCUUCCAGGGAGUUUGAGAAAAAGGCAUUCACAGAAGAAACAGCAAUUAGUUGGAGAGAAAGUGAACAAGGCAUUGCAGGGAUAAAGAGAGUAGGAGUAAUGUUGCAGAUGUCAACUUCAAAGAGGUCAGCACCUGAUGGGACAAACACGUCAAGGGGUUUGAAUGGCUGUGCAGAUGCUAGUGUUCAAAGAAAGGGUUUGAAUAAAGAACUUAUGGUUCCUUAUAAAAAACAUUGCCCACUACAAACAAUAUUUAGUCUCCUCCCAGAUGAGGUGGUUGUACAUAGCUAUUCAUGCUCUCUUGAGAUAUCAUUCUUGUAUCAUGGACGAAUGUAUGUAUCAGCAAGACAUAUCUGCUUCCACUCUAAUGUUUUCUCGAAGCAAAUAAAGGUAAUUAUACCUUUUGGAGACAUAAAAGAGAUAAGAAAGAGCCAGCAUGCACUUAUCAAUCCUUCAAUCACAUUAAUUCUUCGAGAGGGUACUGGAGGCCAUGGUCUGCCUCCUUUAGGAAAUGUGGACGGCAUAAUCAGAUACAAAUUUGCAUCUUUCUGGAAUAGGAAUUCUGCAUUGAAAGCUAUACAACACAUAGCGAAGAACUAUGAUGCCAUGUUAGAAGCUGAAACCAAGGAGAGGCAACAGCGAGAAUUACUUGCUGUAAUAAAUGAGGAACCAGCAUUGCUUGGUUCCGUAAAGGAGAAGAAGCAGUCAGCACUGAAAACCUGUAACUGUGGUGUUAAAGGCAGUGAAAGAGAAUCAAAGACUUCUGAAGACAUUGUGACCAAGCCUAAAAACUUUCAACCAUUCAUCAAAGAGGAAGUUCUUACUAGUAUAUACAAUGAUGUUUUUCCAUGCACAGUGGAGCAGUUUUUCAAAUUUGUUUUAGAUGAUGAUUCAACUUUCACAAGUGAGUACCACACUGCCCGCAAGGAUUCUAAUUUGAAAGUGAGUCCGUGGCAUGCCUCUGAUGAACACAAUGGUCAAGUCAGAGAAGUGAAAUAUAGGCAAAUAUGUAACUUUCCGUUAUGCCCUCCAGACAUACCAGUAACAGAGCUGCAACAUGUUGUUCUAUCUGCAGAUAAGAAAACAAUGGUGUUUGAGACCAUACAACAGACAGAAGGUGUCCCUUUUGCUUCAUAUUUCGAGGGCCACUGCCGGUGGUCAGUAGAGGCAAACUCUGAGUCCUUGUGCACCAUCGAUAUCAGAUUUGGUGCAUUUUUCAAGAAAUGGUGUCUGCUGCAAUCCAAAAUCAAGACAGCUGCUGUGGAUGAUAAUAAGAAAGUGUACAAGAUAAUGUUAGAAGCUGCUCGUGCGCACAUCAAGCCGAGGAUCACUAAUAGCAACAACACAUGUUCUUCUUCCACUGUCAUCCAAGAAUGUAACUAGAUCUGAUGUCGUCGUGGCUUCUGACCUCAAGCCGAUUUCGAGCCUCAAAAUAUUGUUCCUGUAAAUUUUAGUAUGAUGCAUCUUGUAAAAUGCACGUGCUGAUGCAAUACAGAAUAAUGUUAGUAAUUCACAUUUGGAAAUUAGAUUACGGUGCCGGAGUUGGUCAAAUGUGAUGACAUUAGCCGGCCUCAAUCUUGGCCUUAUCAAAGACUCCUAAUACUUUACCUUUCAUUGAAAUACUUUUGUUAGUAA